AGGCGAGUUUCUUUGCGACCGGAUGAUAUUUCAACGUAAACUAUCUACAAAUAAAAAUGUGUAUAGCAGUGAUAAAUAACAAUUGUUCUAUUGUAUUUUCGACACGAUUCUAGACGAAGUGAAUGAAUCUUGUUGUCUCAAUAAGACAAGGAAAGAAUAAACAUUUAUUUAUUUAACUUCUGAAACAGCUACUAUGCCUUGUUUGUGAUACAAAUUAUUUAGCUAUUACAUGGUUGAAUUUUGCUUCGAUUAGCAAUGCUAUGUCAUUAUUUGAAAUGAUUAAACAGAAUGAAUUGAUGACGGUUUGCUCCAUUGGCGUUGAAUAUCAUUGAAUAUUGAGAUGACUGUCGUUGAUAACAGACUAUCGCAGCAAUUACCAUUCUUCAAUUCAACGUGUAUAAAAUUUAGUAUGUAGCAAUGUCGUGAGAUGUCAGAAUGUCGCUGAUUGUUUCGCACGUGUUACGUUGCCACGGUUUAAAUAAGCUUACUAGCUCGAUCAGAUUAGUAGCGACAGGUACCCUACAUAAAUCACGAUCGUGUCUUGUGUCACAAGAAUCUACCAGAAAUAUGUCGUAUACAACCGUUGAAAGAGGAACAUUAAACAACACUGAUUACAGACUUUAUUUCAAAAAUGAAGAUGGCCCAAUAUCGCCCAUGCAUGACAUUCCACUUUAUGCAGAUGAAGCUAAUAAAAUAGUAAAUAUGGUAGUUGAAAUACCAAGAUGGACAAAUGCAAAGAUGGAGAUUAAUCUUAAAGAAGCAUUGAAUCCUAUUAAACAAGAUGUUAAAAAGGGCAAAGUGAGAUUUGUGGCUAAUUGCUUUCCCCAUCAUGGAUACAUAUGGAAUUAUGGUGCUCUGCCACAGACAUGGGAAAAUCCGGAAGUACUGGAUGAAGCUACUGGGUGCAAAGGAGAUAAUGAUCCCAUUGAUGUCCUUGAAAUAGGAUAUAGAGUAGCAAAGAGGGGAGAAGUUCUAAAGGUGAAAAUCUUAGGCUGUGUUGCACUCAUCGAUGAAGGGGAAACUGAUUGGAAGAUUAUCGUUAUUGAUGUCAAUGAUCCCUUGGCAGAUCAAAUGAAUGAUGUAUCUGACGUUGAUAAGCACUAUCCAGGAUUAAUGAAAGCCACUAUUGAAUGGUUUAAGAUUUACAAAAUACCAGAUGGUAAGCCGGAAAAUCAAUUUGCGUUUAAUGGGGAUGCGAAACCGAGAGAUUUCGCUUUACGCAUAGUGGAAGAAGUGAACCAGCACUGGCAGAAUCUCAUCAAACGAGACGCUCCCGCAGGAGGAAUAUCAUGUGCUAAUACAACUAUAGCGGAUAGUCCGUACAAAAUUAAUGUAGAAGCUGCUGAAGAAGUAAUAAAUAAAACACCCGAACCGCUGAACGCCUUAGAAUUGGAUCCAAUUGUUGAUAAAUGGCAUUACGUGCAUCUUAAGUGAAACUAAGGGGAUAUAUUCACAUCGAUACAUCUAUUGAUAUCUGCACACGCUUGCUUGUUUCGAGGCACAUAAAAGACAGAAUUAUUUCCACAAUUUACACACUUCAUCAUAAGUUUUGAUAGGAUCAAAACUCGCAGGCAGUGUUUCUGUAAUAAAAUUAGUGUCUCCUUGCAGAAGCGAAACAAGCAUCUACGCACAGUAGAUGUAUAUCUCAAUGCUCUUAUUUAUUUUAAUAUAUUUGCAAUUUAAUGGGAAAGUGUGUAUAAAAUUUUGUAACCAGAGGAAGUAUUCUCAUUACUGUAUCGUACAUAAUAUGUACAACGGUCGAAAUGGGCACUAAGGAGGUAGAUGUACUCCUUUUAUUGGUUGUGAUGCAACUUUCCAUAAACAUUCAGGAAUAGGGUAUCUUAGACGAAUAAGAUUAUUUUUUCUGUAAUUUGCUACACUACAAAUAUGCAAUAGAGUACGUAAACGUCUA